AUGCUAAAAUCACUCGCCGAGGAAUAUCCGGAGCGAGUGGUUUCUCUGAAUGAUUUUGAGAUUGGAAAGGUCAUUGGGCAUGGUGGAUUCAGUGAAGUCUAUUUUGGGCUGCAAAAAUCUACAGGAAUUUACGUUGCCAUCAAAAUUCUGAAACAGAGGAAAUUGACAGAAGAAAGAUUCGUCGUAUAUGAACGAGAGAUCAAGAUACUUGCCCAAACUCAAAAUAGAUUCAUUUUGGGCUUUGUAGGUUUUACAAUUACAUAUCCUUAUUCUAUUAUCACAAUAUACACAUCAGGAAAUUCAUUGUACAAUGCAUUGCAUCACGUUGGCGAUGCGCCUGUUCUUACAGGAACUCAAAAAUCAAAAAUUGCAUUUGCAAUUGCAAUCGGAAUGAAAAAGCUUCAUAACAUGCGUGUAAUACAUCGUGAUUUAAAAUCACUCAACGUACUUUUAGAUCGUCAAUUAUAUCCAAAAAUUUGUGAUUUUGGAUUAUCUCGAUUUGUUAUGUCAGAAGAGUCAUUGCUAACAGUAAAUAUAGGAACUCCGCAUUGGAUGGCGCCAGAGUUAUUCGAAAAUUCGAUGUAUACAAAUAAAGUUGAUGUUUACUCGUAUGCCAUGGUUCUUUGGGAGCUCUUGGUAGGUUCAUAUCCAUUUAAAGGAGUUCCUGCUGUCCAAAUUGCCUUUCUUGUUUGCAAAAAGCAAGAAAGACCAAAAUUACCUUCUAGAACUCCAAAUUCGCUUGCAAAACUCAUUACUAAAUGCUGGGCUCAAAAAACAGAAGACAGACCAUCGUUUGGCCAUGUUUACAAAGAGUUUAUGGAGAAUCAAGUUCAUUAUCCAGAUACAGACAUGAACGAGCUCAACAGGUUCAUGAGAGAGUGCAUUGAUAAUAUCGAUGUACCAUACGAUGAAUUAGAAUUCAUCCGCAAGCUCCCAAAAAGGAACUCGAUUCCGACUGAAAUGAAAUCAAGUCAACCUUUCCAUCCUGUUACGGAUUCAGAUGAUGAUUUUGAUUUAUCAUCACUUAGCAGUGCUAAAUCCAGCGAUUUUCUUAAGGCUUUGGCUUCUGUUAAGAAAGAUAUGCAACCUUUCCACGCUUUGCAGUUUUUUAACACUCUGAAGGGUAAUAUAUUGGAGAAACCUGAUGAUGAAGUCCUCCUUGAAAUUGUGACCACAAUUAAGGACUUAAUAAGUGAUUCUUUGAUUGCAUUGACUGCUUUCAUCGAAUCCGGCCUGUUUAACACUCUGCCGCUUGACAAAACAAUACUAUCUGAACAGAUGCUCGAAAUAUACCUCCAAGUGUUCUCUAUAACGCCAAAAGCUGUUUCGAAAAUUUAUUUGGACCAUUUAGCACCUUUAUCGGCCACAUACCCUCAGAAAGUUUUAUGUAUAAUGCAUAGAUACUUAUGCGGCCAUUACAGGAACCAAUUUUUCCUUGAAAUGUCAGAUUAUUUGAUAUCUUCCUACCAAACGUUCUUAAAUACGGAUUCUUCGAAGGAAUAUUUAAAUCUAUUGUUCACUCUCAUACAAUUGAACGAAGAUUUUAAGUAUUCCAGGUAUCUUUACAUACAAUCCAUUCUUUUAGAGACAAUACGGCUUAACAAGCAUCCUGAGAUAGCAACAGAUAUGAUAAUAUACAUUUUAGACCCAAAUUCGCAGCUGAAUCAGGAAUUAUUGAUUCCAAUUCUUCAACAAAAAGAAACUGCUGAAUAUGGACUAUCAAUACUUGCUCGUCUUAAUGAUAUAGUUCCACCCCUACCUAUGCUUAAUGCAGUUAUCGAAUCCGCAAAAAAAUAUGAAAUUGGCAGCUUAAUUUUAUGCAAAAUGGCAGAGAACGAGGUCAUCAGUUCCAAGUUGGCCGAUGAAAUAGGCGAAUGGGCAUCUUUAAAUCUCCCAAAUUUGUUCGGAACGUUCAGAUUAUACGUUGUUGUACUCCACAACAAGCGGAACGUCAGAAUAUUAAGUACUAACGAAUCCUCGCUUGAACUUCUUAAGCGGAUUGUUGUUCUCAAAGAUCCGAAACUGAUUUCGAAUUUGAGCCACAUUUUUUCAUGUUUGAACUCGGCGAUGUUUAUAAAUUCUGCCACGGAAUAUGAGUUACUUGGCAGCUAUUUCCGCAUCUGUCUCGAGCUCGGCGACUCUUCCACGAUUGCGGCGUGUUUGUUCACUGCAGAAAGGCUCGCGAGGACUUCCUGGAGUGAGGAAUACCUGCAGAUCAUUCCGCUCUCUGCUGCUUUGUUGAAGCAGAUGGGCGGAUGGGAAAAGUUCGUUUUACCGUUCAUUGCAACUGUUUCUUGCUACGAAGACGCUGCAGACGAAAUCUACGAAUACAACGUCAUUGAUACUUUGAAUCUUCUCCUGUCUUCGCAAGAACUUGGUGCGUACGCGCAAGCAGCAAUAAACAACUUGCAAUAG